AUGGGCGUACGUUGUCAGACUACAACAUUCAGAAGGAAUCUACACUUCACCUUGACCUUAACCGGCAAAACUAUCACUCUUGAGGUCGAGUCUUCCGACACCAUCGACAAUGUGAAGGCGAAGAUACAGGACAAGGAGGGUAUCCCUCCAGACCAGCAGCAUCUCAUCUUUGCCGGUAAGCAGCUGGAGGAUGGGCGCACUCUUUCUGAUUAUAACAUCCAGAAGGAGUCCACUCUUUGCCUCGUCCUUCGUCUCCAUGGUGGCAUGCAGAUAUUCGUGAAGACGCUUACCGGCAAGACUAUCACUCUUGAGGUUGAGUCCUCCGACACCAUCGACAAUGUGAAGGCGAAGAUCCAGGACAAGGAGGGUAUCCCUCCAGACCAGCAGCGUCUCAUUUUCGUGGGCAAGCAGUUGGAGGAUGGGUGCACUCUUUCCAAUUAUAAUAUUCAGAAGGAGUCAAUCCUCCACCUUGUCCUCCGUCUGCGCGGUGGUAUGCAGAUCUUCAUGAAGAUGCUUACCGGCAAGACAAUCAUGCUAGAGGUUGAACUGUCAGACACGAUCAUUAUCGACAUCAAGGCCGAGACUCAGGAUGAGGAGGUACUAGGUACUACACUGGACAAGAUCUUGGCUUGGGACACUCACAACUUUGGAGGUAGCUCGACAGAUUUCUGGCACAUGGUCAGUGUGUUCUGA